GAAGACCUGUUCUUCCGGGAAAAUGGCGACUCCCGCUCGUACCUCGGAGUCCACGCCGGCAGCGGAUCCGGCGCUGGCAGCGGGGGCUGCUGAGGAAGCUGACUGCCCGCCGCCUCGCCAGCCUCAGCCCCCGCAGAAUGUGCUCGCUGGCCCGCGGCUUCGAGCCCCAAGUUCCCGAGGACUUGGCGCGGCGGAGUUUGGCGGAGCUGCGGGAGAUGUUGAAGCGCCAGGAGAGACUUUUGCGCAACGAAAAAUUCAUUUGCAAAUUGCCCGACAAAGGUAAAAAGAUCUUAGACUCUUUUGCCAAACUGAAAGCUGCCAUUGCAGAAUGUGAAGAAGGAAAAUGUGGACCGUUUCAUCCUGUUAGUUUAGACUGUAAGCCAAGGCGAAAAGCAAUUGCGGUUGUUAAUGUGGGCACGGAAAAGGCCCAGAAUUCUGACCAGAUACUUGAUACUUCAUCAUUAGUUUGUGGCUCUUCCUCUGUAAGUAACAGCAAGUCAUCUGAAAUGACCCAGCGACAGCGGGGACUUGUACACCCUCCCCAGGAAGGCGACGAAGGGGCCCCAGAGGUUGCGUACACCGCGAGCACGUGCCCAGCUUCCAGCAGCAGAGCCAGUGCGCCUUCCUCUUCUGAAGCUAGUGAGCGUCUCCCCCAGCGUCGGGUUUCAAGUCGAGCAGAAGAGAAUUCGAGCUGCUCUGACAACCUGUUUAUUGAUAGGUUACAAAGGAUCACAAUUGUGGACUCAGGUGAAGAGCACUCAGAAGAGGGCAGCAGUGCUGAGAACUUGGCAAGGCUUGGUAGUGGGGCACAGAAGAAGCCUCAUUUCAUGGAAGUGCUAGAAAUUCGAGCCAAAAACCCAGUGCCCGCACCACAUAAAUUUAAAACUAAUGCAUUACCUUCACAACAAAAUGAUUCAUCUAGUCAUCGGCAGAGAAGAGGGUCUCCCAUCUCCUCGGAAGAAAGGCGGCUCAGGGAUAAGAAGCAUCUUGACGACAUCACGGCGGCCCGGCUUCUCCCACUUCACCAUAUGCCCGCACAGCUGCUCUCCAUAGAAGAAUCUUUGGCACUUCAGAAACAGCAGAAACAGAGUUAUGAGGAGAUGCAAGCCAAACUCGCAGCACAAAAGUUAGCUGAAAGACUGAACGUUAAGAUGCUGAGCUAUAAUCCAGAAGGAGAGACCUCGAGGAAGUACCGAGAAGUGAGGGAUGACGACGACGAUCAGUCCUCUGGAGAUGAGUUCUGAAGAUGGGCAGAUCUUUCGGGAUCAUCGCCGAAAUCUCUGGCUGUUGAGUUGUUCUGAUCUUACAUCAGACUUUCAAAUGAGUAUCAAGAUCGGUGUCAGACAUUGUCGAGGGAAGGAAUUUUUUAAAGUUACACAAGGGUAGCUGUAAAAAUAGCCCAGUUUGUCUUUCAGAAGAUGACUUUCAUGUGCUUAAAAAGUUUAAUAUUUGAAUAUUGUGUUUUAACCAUAUUGUAUUAAAGUUUUGCAGUUUGUUCUGUGUUGUUCUGAUAUUUUAGUACGUAGUAAGCACAGUAUGUUUUCCUCUAAGCCAAAUGAAGCAGGUAGCUGCUCUUUUCCUGAUUUUUACCUCUAUGGAAUAGCAUUUAUUACAUGUCUUUCAGUGAAAUAUUUGGUUGCCCCAGGCAUCACCUAAAAUGAAUCAGGAACAUAAAGUUCCCUCCUUUUUCGAGUAAUGAAGGGAGCAGUCUAGAGAAUUUUAUGCAUGUUUCCAUGGGGUUAAUGAGGUUUUGGAUGUGAAAUACCUAGGAAGACACUCAGAGUUCUGAAAUGUUUGUUUUCUUCUUCUGUCUUCCCUUAGGAAAAAUGUUAUCUUCUGAUUAGGAAUAGGAGUACUUUUAGUUGGUGCUGGAGGGUGGACGGUCUUUCUGGAUGAUCAGAUUUGCCCAGAGCGACACGACGUAUAGGAAAAGUCUAGGGUGACUGUAGGUGAAGGGAGGAGCUGUUCUUAGGCUUGACCUGACUUGAAUUCAUUGCUCUAAGAGGUGACAGGUUCAGUUUGGUAAGAAAACCAAUUUGUUUUUUUAAGCUACAAUUGAAUUGUCAAUAUAUUGCCCUCCCCCAAGAGGCAUAUUUAGGGUACAGAAAUCUCAAUCUCAUAUGUAUACACAAUUACGUAAUUUUAAAGGAUUAUGUGGUUGUUAUCAGAGAUUUCUUUAAUAUGUUGGGGAUUUUAAACAGUGUUGAAAGGAAGAAUAAAAUAUUAAUUAGAGCAACUUUACAAUGUUAAUGGUGAUGUUUCAUGGGUGCUUAAUUAAGUUUAACUUAAUUAUAUAUGACAUCUUCCUGCACACGCAUUUAGGAGUGCUAGGAAGGGCUCCGUUCUCUAGCAUGGACGUCCAGGUGUGGCUACGGCUUUCCAUCCCCCUCCCAUCCUCUCCCUCUGAAAAUGUAAAAAUACACUGAGCUAACAAAUUCAUUAUUUCUCUUUUUAAAAACUAAUAGUAAAUGGAUUUCACAACAUAAAAUUAUUCUUUAGAAAAUAAAAUAAUAGAUUUCUGGAAAGCCAAGUAAUGUGGAAGGGCUGCCAUGCAUGGACACACAGUCCCCCGUAGUCCGAUCACCCAGAGAGUGCCUCUGUUAAGGUUUGGGUUUGUGUACUUGACGUACUCUUCUAUACGUUGCAAUUUUCAGUAAUGCAAUCACCCUGUACACUGUUUCACAGUCUGCUCUAUGUAUGGUGAGCAUUUUGCCAUAAUAGAUAUUUUGCAUUGUAGAUAGCUACAGAAUGUUCGAUUUUAUGGGUAUGCCGUAACUUUUAAAAUCAACUUAUUAACAGUUUUGAUUGUUACCAUGUAAACUGUGAACAACAAUGUGAUCAACAUCUUAAAAGAUAAUCACAUUUGUACAAAAAUGAUUUCUUUCCAGAAGAUACCUUUCUAGAAGUGAAAUUGCUAGUUGGGAGUAUAGGUAAGGUUUCAAGUUUCCUGAUCUAUAUCACUCACCGCAAAGGUUGUGUCCCUUUAUAUUCCUCUGAGCAAUAUUGAACUCCCAGAACUGCAAAUUGCUGCUUAAAGUGUUUGUAAACUGAAUAAUUACAGGAAAGGAUGAUUUGUAAAAUUUGUUUCUUUGAUUGCUUAAUGAUGGUGGGCAUUUUUUCAUGUUUAUUGGCCAUUUAUGUUCAUUCUUUUGAGCACUGCUUAUUCAUAUCUUAACUAUUUUCUUGAAGAGUUGUGCUGUUUUUAUUGGUCUAUAAAUUCUUGAUGAACUAAGACGUCCAGCUUUUGUCAUACGUAUUGUUUUAGUGUGUUAUUUUCUUUUAAUACAAUUCGUGGUGUUUUGGCGAAGAAGUUUUCUUUAGGAGCCCACCUUUGCGGGUAUGCCUGAGCAUGCCUUCCCUGGCCCGAGGAUGGAUAUGUAUCCAUCUUUAUUUUCUUCUAGGACUUUUUAAAAAUUUCACUUUUAUACUUAUAUUUAAUUGAAAAGGAAAUUUUUAAUCUAUCUCAAAUUUAUCUGGGGAUGUUAUAUAAGGUAAGACUUAAUUUUAAUUUUUGCAGAUAGCUGACCAAUUGGUACAAUAUUAUAAACCACCAUUUCCCCACUGAUUCGUAAUGCUGUCAUUAUAGAAUAUUAAAUUCCCAUGUGUCUUGUGCUGUGGGCCUGUUUCUGGGCCUUGUAGUUUUUUCUGCGCUAUUUUGAUAAUUAUGAAUUUAAUUGCCAUUAAUAUUUGGUAUAUAAUUUCUCCCUCAUUCUUUCAAAUUCUGUCAAAUAUAACCUCCAGAGAAGUAUACAAAACAGGUGUGCAGUUUAAUGGGCAAAGCAAACAGCUAUGUAAUCACAAACCAGAUGCAGAAAAGCGACCACUAGUACUCUGGAAUCUCCCGUUGUCCCCCGUGGAUACCCUAUUUAUCCCCCAGAGUUACCUACUAUCCUGACUUCAGAGAAAUACUUCCCCCCCCUUUUAAAAAAAUGGUUUUACCAGUUAUGUAUGCAAUAAUAUGGUUAGUUUGUUUUGCCUACUUUUGCCUUAUAAAAAAUGGAAUCAUUCUGUGUGUGUGUUUGGUAUCUUUGACUCAACGUUGCUUUUAAAAUGCAUGUUGCUUCGGUGUGGUUUAUUCAGCCCGCUGCUGUAUAAUAUGCCAUUCCAUCAGUCCCGCUUUAAUCUAGUGUGGCAAGCAUGUCUGUGGUAUUUUCAGUUUGGGGCUAUUACAAGCAAUGCUGCAAGGAGCACCUUUGUGCCCCUAAACAUUUCUGUUGGGUAUUUACCUAGGAGUUCAAUUGGUGGGUUAUAAGCUAUGCAUAUCUUUACCAUCUAAUAGUCCCGCCAUCCUGUGUCCAGCGUGUAUGAGAUUUCCAUUUCAGUAACACUCGAUAUCACCAGACAUUACUGUUAGCCGGUGUGAUGUUUUGAUAGUAGGCCUUCGGUUUGGUUUUAUUUUGUAUUUCCCUAAUCAGGAAAGGCAUUGAGCAUCUUCAUGUUUCCUGGUCAUUGGAUUUCUUUUGAAAACUAUCCAUUCAAAGCUUUUGUUCAUCUUUCUAUUGUGUUUGUGCCGGCUGUCCUUUUCCUCACUGAUCUGUAGGAUGUAUUCUUGAUACUAAUCAUUAUUUAGUUAUAUUUGUUGUAAAUACCUUCUUCCUCUCUGGAAAACUUUUCUUUCUCUUCAUGGAGUUUUUGUUGGGCAGAAAUUCUUAAUGGCAAACUUACCAAUCUUCUAUGUUGAGUGCCUUUUUAAAAAGGAAUCUUUCCCUAUCCUGAAGUCAUGAAAACAUCGUCUUUUAGAAUUGUUUCAGUUAAAAAGUGCUCUAUAAAGGGGGAAUGAAGCAUGAGAGCCUAUGGACUCUGAGAAACAAACUGAGGGCUUCAGAGGGGAGGGGGGUGGGGGAAUGGGAGACUGGUGAUGGGUAGUAAGGAGGG